GGGAGCCGCGUGUGACCUUCCCGCCCGCGGACCGAUGCUGCCGGCGGCCGCUCGCCCCUUUUGGGGGCCGUGUCUCAGACGUCAGGGCGCUGCGCUCCGUCUCGCCAGGCAACAGGUGCCCCGUGUCUGCGCUGUGCGGCUGAUGAGAUGCAGCAGCCCUCGAAUGGGGGAGGCCCUCGCCGGCGCACCCCUGGAUAACGCCCCCAAGGAGUAUCCCCCCAAGAUCCAGCAGCUGGUCCAGGACAUCGCCAGCCUCACGCUCUUGGAGAUCUCAGAUCUCAACGAGCUUCUGAAGAAAACCCUGAAGAUCCAGGAUGUUGGACUCAUGCCAAUGGGUGGCACAGUGCCUGGUGCUGCCCCUGCUGCAGCAGCCCCAGAGGAGGCAGAAGAAGACAUCCCCAGACAGAAAGAGCGGACGCAUUUCACCGUCCGCCUGACAGAGGCAAAGCCCGUGGACAAAGUGAGGCUGAUCAAAGAAAUCAAGAACUACAUCCAGGGCAUAAACCUCGUCCAGGCAAAGAAGCUGGUGGAGUCCCUGCCCCAGGAGAUCAAAGCCAAUGUCUCCAAGGCCGAGGCGGAGAAGAUCAAGGCAGCCCUGGAGGCGGUGGGCGGCACCGUGGUUCUAGAAUAGGCCAGCUCUGAGGACUGGUGGACUGGGGUCCCUGGGACCUGACCUGGGGGAGGCCCCCUCCUGCUCCAGCCCUGGCAUCCGGGACCCGUGGUGGGAGCGGCUUCAGGGCAGAGCUCUGGCACUGGCUCUGCCAUCUCUGCUCCGGGACAGACAAGGGACCUGCUGAGACGGGGGGCAGCUCCUGUGUGAGCACCGGGGAGACGAACUCUGGAACGUACCAGAGGCAACACGCGCCCCCUGGUGGCCACUGAGAAAAAUACAUUGCUCGGGCGCCGUG